UAUUGAUAAUAUUUAGGUAUAUUAAUAUCAACUUCAAAUGCAAGAUAUCAUGUUUUAAAGUUUAUUUAUUUUAAUGGAUUCAAUAGACUAUGCUAUACCUAUUAAUAAUGGUUAUACUAAAGUUGUAAAAAGUGAUAAUAUUAGUAAACUGCAUUCAUUAGUAAAUGACAUUGAAGUAAGUAACAGCGUCACUGUAAAAGUAGAAAAUAAUUUCAAUGAUGAAAAAGUAUCUUUUAUUGAAGAAUGUUCAUUGGAUGAAAUUGAACCUUUAGAAAACAUUGAAUAUGAUACUGAUAUGAAUUCAGAAGACAGUUGGUUGUAUCAAUCUCCAACAAAAAUAUCAACACCACAACGCAGCAAAAAUACAGAAAUUUGGUUGAAAGAGAAUGUAUCAACCCCUGAACUACUAAGAAUAAGAGGAUCUCUUUCUGCAAGACUUGAAGUAAUAGGAAUAGAGAGUAGAAAAGAACAAUACAACUCUGCACGACGCAAAGAUAGUUAUGAAAAUAGGAAAAUAUCAAAGAUAAAUAAAAUGAAGGACUUUGGGAGUUCAAUGAGCCUUGACUGGGAUUUUGAUGAUUCUCAAAUUGAAUUUGGUGGCGAAAUUGACUACUCUGACAACAUUGACUCUGAACUUGAUUCUAUUUCAACUGACAAUAUACUUAGUAAUAAAGCAAGAAAACCAAAGCACCUGGAGCAAACACAUUAUGCUUGGGUUGAUCGUUUGCAACAAAAUAAUCAAAUCAAUGAAAGAAAAGAAAACAAACCAUUCAAAUUAAAUUGGAGUGAUGAAGAGGAGCUUGAACCAAUGAGAAUGAACUUUAAUUCCCCUACUUAUGAAGAACAAAGAUACAAGUCAGGUCUUAAUUAUCAGCGGUCUGGAUCAGGAUUAUCUUCUGAUGGACUUGGUGUAGUGCGUCCCAGAGGUGUGCAGUCUAGGGACUCAGGUGUUCAGCAAAGUUCUAAUGAAAACUCAGAUUUUCGGUUGAAUGCCAUUAAACGUUCAAUAUCAUUUGCAGAGGAGGACAUAAUUCUUGAAGAUUUGGAUUUUUCAGAUUACAGAAACAUUUUGAUUAAAACACAUAACGAUGCAGGUCGAGGUUCACGUAUAUCAAAACCAGUUCCACGUCGUAAUCCCGAAAUUGCUAGCGAAAGCAACUUAGUUAAGCCUCGUGGUUCAAUGACUCAAUUAAAAUUAAGUAGUAGUCCUUCAACUAUGCAUAAAAGUGUCUCAGAGAGUUGUGUAAAUGAUUCAGCUGUACGUCGAAGAGGAACUCCUGUUUCUACAGAAACAUUGGUAGCGCCAAGAAAAAGUUUAGAACCCCCCCAAGUAUCUCGUGUGCAAGGUUUAUCCAAUGUAAGAAAAAGUACAGGAUCGAUACCAAAAAGAGACGAAAACGUUGCUAAACCCAGAAGAAGUGUCAGCCCAAGUGCUAUAGCACGACCGAGAGGACAAGUUGUUACAAGAAGUUAUCAAGCAGAUUUCUAGAUUUUUAUUUCGCAACUUUUUUUUCAAAUGACAGUUUAAUUGAAACGUGCAUAAUUCCGAAACUCAAACUAUAUUUUUUUAAAAAAAAUACUUCUAAUACGUCAACGAUUAAUUGUAAAUAACCUGUGCUUUUAUAUAAAUAAAGGAAUUUUUUUU